UGAACUGCUGACCAAACAGAGCUGUAGAUGUGCAGAUAGAUCUGUUGGGUAACGACAACUAAAAGAGGCAAUAAGUUUGCUUAUAAGCUUGCAAAAAAGAGCCGUACAAAACGAAAUAACUUGGCAGAGGAGAAGGAGAAGCUAAGAAGAAAGGAAUGGAGAGAAGAGAAGACAAAAACUGAGCGAGCUUCUAGUUUUUGCUCCAGUCACAAAAAAUAGAUGCAGGAGAAGUGAAGAAGACGAUAUCAGCAGGAGGUCUGUCCACACAGGAUGAAAGUCUGAGGCAGCUUCUGCUCAGACCCACUGAAUCGUCCAUGGCCCGUGUCCUUUCCCUGUUCCGGCCUCAGCCUUUCCUGGCCCACGUGGGCAGGAGAAAACCAGCGUUGUGCAAAAUGUCAAUGGACUCGAGGGCACGCCAGAUGUUUGCAGCUGCAGUGGAAGCUGUGCAGCCAGACACGGUGGUCCGGCAGAGCAUAGAGCGCAAAGAGGACUCAGUCGUUAUCAGUGGUCACAAAUUUACACUCAAACACAACCUGCACUUGGUGGGCUUCGGAAAAGCUGUACUGGGUAUGGCUGCCGAGGCAGAGAGGAUUAUGGGUGAUCAUUUAGUGAGAGGAGUAAUAAGCGUGCCACAUGGGAUUCAGCAGACACUAAAGCAGCAUGGAAAAGAGCAUCUCUUGUUAAAAGAAAACAGUCGCAUCAGAGUGAUGGAGGGAGCCAAACACAACUUGCCUGACGUUGACGCCCAGAAGGCCGCUGAAGGGAUCAAGCAGUUAGCCAGUGAACUGACGGAGAACGACCUGCUGCUUGUGCUUAUUUCAGGUGGAGGCUCAGCACUAUUACCUGCACCAAUCCCACCAAUCACACUGCAAGAGAAACAGGAUGUCACCCGCAAACUUGCAGGUGCUGGUGCCACUAUUCAAGAGCUGAAUUCUGUGCGACGCGCCCUGUCUUCUUUAAAGGGUGGAGGGCUCGCUCAUUGUGCUCACCCUGCCCAGGUGGUUUCACUGAUAUUGUCCGAUGUCAUCGGUGACCCUCUGGACGCUAUAGCCAGCGGCCCCACGGUGCGUAGCGAGGUGUGGAGUGAAGAAGUGUUGUCCGUCCUUGAACGUUACAAGCUGUUGAGCUCUCUACCAGCCUCCAUUAAGGAAGUCCUUGGGAGACCAAGUCCCAGGUGGAGGGAGGAUAAAGAUGAAUCCAACACAUCAGGACACGUUCUCAACGCCGUGAUCGGCUCCAACAGCGUUGCGCUCCAGUGGGCGGGUCGCCGUGCUCGAGAGUUGGGUUUCCGCCCUGUCGUGCUGGCACCGGGAGUGUGUGGCGACGUAAAGGCGGUCUCCAGACUCUACGGCCUCCUGGCCCGCUUCGCCUGCUCUCGAGAGGAACCUCCUCCAGAGAUUGCCGCUGAGCUGCUGAGGCUGGGGCCUGACGUCGGCGUGGAGAGCUGGGACCUCUGCCGUACCAUGCAGGUGUUGGGCGAAGGGCGUACAGAAGGAUGGGGCUCCACGUGUCUGUUGGCCGGCGGCGAGCCCACCGUGGAGCUGACGGGCAUGGGUCGAGGUGGUCGGAACCAGGAGCUGGCUAUGCGGGUGGGACAGGAGCUGAGAGGCCUGAAGGUUCCUCCUAACGGUCCCGUCUUCCUGAGCGGUGGAACUGAUGGUCAGGAUGGACCCACGGAGGCAGCCGGGGCCGUCACUGAUGGGGGGAUGUGUGAAGAGGCACAAGCACAGGGGCUGGACAUCGACAGCUUCCUCACCAACAAUGAUUCUUACACUUUCUUCACACGUCUUUCUGCUGGGCAGCGCUUACUCGUACCUGGCCUCACCUGCACCAACGUGAUGGAUGUGCACAUGCUACUUAUUCCACCAAUUCCCAUUAUCAUAAGAUAAUCCCAAAGCACACUAAAUAAAAUGAUCCAAGUCCAGUGGAUCCGGAUAAAUAAAGUACUUUAUUAGUCUAUCUGACUUGCCAUUGUACUACCUGUUUUUUCAACUCUAUACAAACAUUUUUGACCCAAACUCUUUGUAAUUCUACAUGAAAGCAGGACUGGUAUUGAUACGUAUAUUAAAUUUGAAUGUAUAAGAUAUAAGAUGUAAAAAAUGUCACCAGUGUUGUUAUCAGUUUUAAGGUUUCAUCCAGGAACAAAAAGCUUAUAAAGAGAAGACUUGCUGAUUAUCUUUUUUAAAUCACUGCACUGCCUUAAUCAGUAUUUUCAAUCACAACAUGUUUAAUAUAAAUCAAGCUAUUUGCACAAAA